CUUUGGACGUCUAGGUACAGCACUGUUUACAAUUUAGUGGCACAGAAUUGUGAGAAGCGGGCUAUCUCGUCGCUGGUUUUGGAGUCUGAAAUAAAUGAUCUUGAUCAACAAUAUUGCUAAACAGCGUUUAUUCUUCAUAGAGAUGUAACUUGUGAGCUGGAACCACCAUGAUGGCCACCCUUGACUACGAGCUUGACCCUAAGCAGUACCAACUGCUGAAAGCGAUAGGCCAGGCCUAUGAUGGGACGGCUACAGUGUACCUGGCCAAGUACCUGCCAUCGCAGUCCUUCCUGGCCGUCAGUAGAACGAACCUAGAUGCUGUCCAUGAGGGCUUCGCAGUGCUGCAGCAUGAGUUCUAUUUGAUGCGUCUGAUGCAACAUGAGAACAUCCUCGCAUUCAACCAGGCCUUCAUCACCGAUAACGAGUUAUGGGUCGUCAUGCCACUCAUGGACCUCGGCUCAGCAAGAGAAAUCCUUGACAACAUGUUCCCUGAUGGCAUGCCAGAGAUGGCCAUCGCGUACAUCAUCAGAGACAUACUGAUGGCGCUGGACUACAUACACCGGAUGGGCUAUGUGCACAGGAGCGUCAAUGCAAGCCACAUCCUCCUGUCCAAGACCGGCAAAGUGACAUUAGCUGGACUGCGGACAGCCGUCAGUAUGGUGGAGGAUGGCAAGUGGCUGAGGGCGGUGCACAAGUUCCCUACCCAAGCCGUCAAGAGUCUACCCUGGCUGGCACCGGAAGUCUUGGAACAGAAUCUCCUUGGCUAUGACACCAAGUCAGACAUCUACAGUGUUGGGAUCACGGCCUGUGAGCUUGCCAACGGCUGCGUACCAUUCUGUGAUAUGGUCCCCAUGAAGAUGCUUUUGGAGAAGAUCAACGGCACAACUCCCAAACUGCUGGACAGUUCCACGCUGCUCAGCGAAGUCGGCCAGGAAGGGUCCGCAGUGGACAGCGGCGAGGCGUCGGGGAAUCGCAAGCAGUCUGACCCCCUUCAGAACCCCUUCACCAGGCUCUUCUCCCCACAGUUCCACCAGUUCAUCGAGGAUUGCCUGAAGCAAGAGCCGGCAGACAGGCCCAGUGCUUCUGCCCUGCUGAACCACCCGUUCCUCAAGCAAGUCAAGAAACGGACCAGCGAGGCUCUAGUUCCAUUCAUACAGUCCCUGACGUCCCUGACUGAAAUGCAGCAGGAGGCAGAGCAAGGAGCUCAGGAAACCCAAGACGGCGACCUGGUGGAGAAGUUCCAGUGCAUGGACAUGGGUGAGAGUUGGGUCUUUGAUUAGCGCUUCAACCCACCAGGGAUCUGAGUCACUGGAUGUCCUUAUGUCAUUUAGAUGUCAUUGCGUUCAUGACACAUUGUCAUAGAAAUGCAUUUGGACAUGCGAUGUGUGUAUAAAGUAACUUCAAGUGGACCUGCACAUCCGUAACGGAUGUAGAACUUGCAGUUUCCUCCCCAAGGACUGCACUGAUCUUACUGUAUAGUAUAAUUUUAAAAAGAAUAGUCUGUCACAAGCCAAUAUAUGGACCAUCAGGCCAACGUUUAUCUCCGGUUUCCUUGGCAUGAAAAGGCUGAGAAUGUUUCUAUUCCCCCUUGAUGGGAGGCCAGUCCAUCGCAGGUUACUCUCCAGCUGAUAUCGGUACCCAUUUAUAAUGCUGGGUG